GCCCUUUCUCUCUGAUGUCCACGUCUUUUUGCUCUUUCACUUCAACUACCACUACUGCUCCGCUGCCCAGCUAUAACAAGCGCUUAUUCCCUUCUUCUUCCACUACCACUACCAUCUCUGAAGGCGAGCCACCCUACAAGAAGCAACGAAACAUGUCCAGCCUCAGGAGAACUCAUUCUUACCUCUCUCUUACGGACUUGCCCAACCAGCAGCAGCAGUCGAUAUACAUAGCACCCACACGGGGAAGGUGUCGAGGACGGAAACUCAGCAUGGCCCCGCCAGCAAAUGCCGAUUUUCGGGCUUCUCUGGAGGCGUCGAUGGCCCUGAGCCUCGCGCCUAUUACCGACCCUUACAACACUCAGCAGAAGCGAGCGCGACCAGCGCCGCCUGCUCCAGUCGCGUCAACAUCGACGACGACAUCCUCAGGGUCUUGCGCCACUCCUUCCCACCCUGUGUACUCCUCGGCGCCACGCGUCUCUUCCCCUCUGUCCCCCUCUUCGCGCCCCUCUUCAUACACCACGCCGUUCUCACGUCCUCGGAAAGGAAAGGGGGAACCUGAUCUCCACCGAAUUGCCAUCCAGACGUGUAUGCGGUCGACAACCGAGGGUCAAAAGGUCCUUAAUAUGGGGCCGCGGAUUGCUAUGAGCAUCGCGAAUGCUACGCGAGAGCUCGAGCGAAUUGUGACAGAGCAGGGGAUGGAAUCGCGAGCUUCAGACGAGGAUAUUGUCAUGAGGGACUCGACGGCCGAACCAUGGGUCAAUGUGUCGAGAAGUGACGAUUGGGAGAUGAUUCACUGCGGCGCGUAGGGCCUCGGAAUUACCUGCAUUCCUCGCGUUACGUCCACCGCCAAGCAUUCGAUUCUCCCCCUUUUCUUCGUUGCGCAAUUAUCUGGGUUUGGGGCUUCUUGGAAUAUUCAUCUGUAUUUUUGCAUGCAUCACUUUCGGGUUUCGUAUCUAUUCCUCUAUCUAUCUAUGCUGUUGUUGCUUUCUCACUGCUGUAACGUUACUUGCACAUACUACCAAAUUACUGUAAUGAUACGUAUACUUUUCGGGUUUAACGCGGUUUUCCCUUAUUCAAUUGCUUGAGCUUCUAAACAAUAUCAGGAUCAAGAUGCUGAUGGCCAUUGAAACUCGAACUCAACGGACAAACUAUCUAUAGAAUCAC